UACAAUUGAAUCAUAGACAAACCAUGUGGUAUCGGUCUGCUGGUGAAGAUUGGUGAAGAUCUAGAAGCUGUUGGGACCCAGUGGAUCUGUGAAAUAGAUUGUUUGAAUUAUGUCUUCUGAAUACGUUAAUGUGAGCUUAAAAGAGCAGGUGCCAGAACAUAUUUUACGAACAGUUGAUGAUUUCAGUUCUGAGUCGGAUAAUGAAGAGGGUAGCGAACAUGCAGAUGAAUUUGAAGAUGUGGAUAUGGAUCAUGGUGAGGAAUUCGAAACACAUGGAAACUCAGGAUGGGCAGAUGCAAUGGCAAAGAUAUUGAGGACUAAUGCUUCCAAAGAUCAACAAAAUAUUGUACUUGCCAAAGCGAAAAAGAUUAGUGACGUUGUGAAAAAAGAAAAUAAUUCUGAUUUGGGAUUUGAAAUUGAGGGUGAGAUAAAGGAAGAGAAACCAGAUCUCAAAACAGUAAAGAAAGAAAAUACUGCUGAAGAGAAACGCCAUUCAAGACUAAAGAGAAGAGAAUGGAGGUUAAAAGGAAGAAUUAAACCAUCCAUUUUGGAGAAGAAUAGAGAGAGAACUUUAUCUAAAAUAGCUACAAAGGGUAUUGUACAGCUCUUUAACACUGUAAGAAAUCAUCAGAAGCAGCUGGAUAAGAAACUUAAUGCAGCUGGUACAGAGCGUAAAAGGGAGAAGGUUUUGAAUUCAGUUAAUAAGCAAACCUUCCUAGACAUGCUUAUGGGUUCUAAAAACAUAAGUAAACCUACAAAAGAUGCAGUUGAAAAAGAAAUUAAGGAGGAAGAAAAAGGAACUUGGGAAGUAUUGCGGGAUGAUUUUAUGAUGGAGGGAAAUCUGAAAGAUUGGGAUAAGAAAGUGAGUUCAAGAGACUAGAUUUCAUGAACUAUAAGAUUCAAGAUAAUGAUAUCGAAGGUGGUAGUGACAGUGUUAUUGAAAAUGAUUGCAGUGAUGAUGGUUGAUUUGGAAUUGGACUGAACUGAAUUGAUUGUAUUCUAAUCCGUUUUGUUUGUGUGUGUGUGUAUGCAUAUGUGAGUGAAAGAAAUAAGUCAAAAUUGAUUGGAUGUACAGUGUAAAUAUAAAGAUAUUGUUUUAAACAAAUUACUGUGUUAUGCUUCUGGAAUAAUUGUAUUGUAUCACAAUUUGAAUAUCAAUGCUCGAAUUUCAAUGUAAAUAGAAUUCAAGUUUGCAUGCCAUUUUCACUAAUUUUUACCAAUAUCUUGAAUGCCUCUAUGUUAACACAUACAAUUUUGAACUUAAACUUCCAUUUUUCUUUUAUCC